AUGAUGCAACUAGAGAAGCCAGUGGAUGUGCCUCAGCCAUCUACUCAUGGCAUUCUCUUGGAGAACACAAACGACUGUGGUCCUCAAAUGAACCAGCAUUUAAGUUCAAUAGAGAUGACGGCCUCGAAAAAUGAGGAGCGGUUGAGCGGACGGAAGAGAAUCGUCAUUGUCGGGCUGGGGAUGGUCGCAAUAUCUUUCAUUGAGAAAAUAAUGAAACAUGAUGCCGAACGACAACAAUACGAACUGGUCGUCCUUGGUGAAGAACCCCAUCUGGCGUAUAACCGAGUUGGGCUGUCGACUUUCUUUGAACACCGCAAGGUUGAGGAAUUGUAUCUGAAUCCUCAAGAGUGGUACUCGUCGUUUGCAGAUGGCUCACUGCGUUACCACCUCGACACCCGUGUCACAGACCUAGAUCCGGUCAAGAAACAAGUGCAUACUUCGACAGGUCACUGGAUCUCCUAUGACUUGCUCGUUUUGGCCACGGGCUCCGAUGCCGUUCUGCCAGAACACACGCCUGGCUACAACGCAAAAGGCGUCUUUGUGUACAGGACGAUUUCUGACCUGGAGAACCUGAUCAACUUUGCAGCACACCACAAAGGCGAAACCGGCGUCACGGUCGGUGGCGGUCUGCUGGGCCUUGAGGCGGCCAAAGCCAUGACAGAUCUGGAAGAAUUUGGCAGCGUGAAGCUGGUCGACAGGAACAAAUACGUGCUUGCGAGGCAGUUGGAUGCGGACGCCGGCAACCUAGUCACCGAGAAGAUUCGCGAGCUAGGACUCGAUGUCAUGCACCAGAAGAGAGUCGCACAGAUCGAGACUGACGAAGAGAACAACGUGCGAGGAAUCGUGUUUGAAGAUGGCGAGAAGUUGGAUUGCUGUUGUGUCUGUUUCGCGAUUGGAGUGCGCCCGCGUGACGAGCUGGGAACCAAAGCCGACAUCCAGUGCGCUUCACGAGGAGGCUUUGUUAUCAACGAACUGCUUCAAACGUCGGUCCCAGAUGUCUACGCUGUUGGUGAAUGCGCCAGUUGGGAGAACCAGACUUUUGGGAUCAUCGCCCCAGGAAUCGAGAUGGCCGAUGUGCUGGCCUUCAACCUCACGCACCCCGAAAACGAGAUCAAACACUUCAAUCGCCCUGACCUGAGCACCAAGCUCAAGCUGCUCGGUGUCGACGUAGCCAGCUUCGGCGACUUCUUCGCAGACAGAGACGGCCCUAAAUUUUUGCCUGGCCGCCGUGCUUCUACGCAGAAAGUUAUGGCAUUUGAUGCUUCUGGAACGCCUGCACACGACACACGAAAGGUGAAGGCAUUGACCUACAAAGACCCCUUUGGGGCUGUUUACAAGAAGUAUCUUUUCACAUUGGAUGGAAAAUAUCUACUGGGUGGAAUGAUGAUCGGAGAUACAAAGGACUACGCCAAAUUGAAUCAAAUUGUGAAAGGCCAGAAGGAAUUGGAUGCUCCACCAAGUCAAUUCAUCCUAGGGGCCCAGAAUGAUGGAGAAGAAAAUGCGGACGACCUUGACGAUGAUACGCAGAUCUGCUCUUGCCAUAAUACCUCUAAAGGCGACUUAGUCGAGAACAUCAAGAAUGGAAGCUGCACAACAAUCGCACAAGUGAAAUCUUGCACGAAAGCCGGAACAGGUUGUGGCGGCUGCAUGCCAUUAGUACAAUCCAUCUUCAACAAGACCAUGCUUGACAUGGGCCAAGAAGUCUCUAACCAUUUGUGCUCUCAUAUCCCCUAUUCAAGGGCAGACUUAUACAACGUGGUUGCAAUCAAGCAGUUGAAAUCCUUCGAUGAUAUUAUGCAAGCUUGCGGCAAAAACCCUUAUUCCCUGGGGUGCGAACUGUGCAAGCCGGCAAUUGGCUCAAUCCUGUCAAGUCUUUUCAACCCUCACCUUAUGGACAAGCCGGUCCAUGAACUUCAGGACACUAACGAUAGGUUCCUCGCCAACAUCCAACGGAACGGAACCUUUUCCGUUGUUCCCCGUGUCGCUGGAGGAGAAAUCACAGCGGAUAAGCUUAUUGUUAUUGGUCAGGUUGCGAAGAAAUACAACUUAUAUUGCAAGAUCACUGGUGGUCAGCGAAUUGAUAUGUUUGGUGCGAAGAAGCAAGAUCUUCUCGCCAUCUGGACUGAGUUGGUGGAGGGAGGAAUGGAGAGUGGUCAUGCGUAUGCGAAGUCACUUCGGACUGUCAAGAGUUGCGUUGGGACCACCUGGUGUCGAUUUGGUGUAGGCGACAGUGUUGGUAUGGCUGUUCGUAUCGAAGAGCGGUACAAAAGUAUUAGAGCACCUCACAAAUUUAAAGGUGGCGUCUCUGGUUGCGUCCGAGAGUGUGCAGAAGCACAGAGCAAAGACUUUGGUCUCAUCGCUACAGACAAGGGCUUUAACAUUUUCGUUGGAGGCAACGGAGGAGCUAAGCCCCGACAUGCAGAGCUUCUAGCCAAGGACGUUCCACCAGAACAGGUUAUCCCUAUCCUGGAUCGCUUUGUCAUAUUUUACAUUCGAACGGCAGACAAGUUACAGCGCACGGCACGUUGGAUGGAAAAUCUCCCAGGCGGGCUCAAGUAUCUACAAGAGGUUAUUCUUGACGACAAACUAGGCAUCUGUGCGGACAUGGAACGGCAGAUGGAAGAACUAGUCGAGAGUUACUAUUGCGAAUGGAAGGAGACGAUCGAGAAUCCAGAGAGGAGGAAAUACUUUGAGCAAUUCGGCAACACUUCGGAAACCGUUGAGACAGUGGAGGUUAUCAAAGAGCGCGACCAAAGUCGACCAACUUAUUGGCCUGAGGAAUCGGCAUCUGAAGACUUCAAGGGCCAUCAAUGGACUACGACAACAUGGCAACCAAUUAUCAAAGCUAGCCAUUUCUCAGAAAGCAAGCCGCAAAUCUCUUCGACGAAUAUCAAACGCGGCGAUACGCAGCUGGCUAUUUUCAAGAUCAAGGGGAAAUACUACGCAACGCAGCAGAUGUGCCCCCACAAACGCGCAUUUGUACUUUCAGAUGGUCUGAUCGGUGAUGAUGACGCUGGCAAGUUUUGGGUGUCGUGUCCGUAUCAUAAACGGAACUUCGACCUCAAUGGCGAACAAGCCGGUCGAUGUUCAAACGACGACGCUAUGAACAUUGCCACUUUCCCAGUCGAGGAACGUGAGGACGGUUGGGUUUAUUUAAAGCUGCCGCCAAUUGAUGAGCUGGAUUCUAUUCUUGGUACCGAGAAGUGGAAGGUCAAGAAAAGUGAAUCGACGGACCCCUUUGAUAAAGUGGACAAGAUUUACAAAGGAGGGAAGGGGAAAAAGUUGCAAGACUUCAAAACCAAGAUUGCACAGGUCCCUGCUGGAGGAAAUGGUAUCGAUUGGUGA